GGUGGCCUGAUCUGUUUCAGUAUGUAAGGUUAAUGUUUUGAUGAAGGUGUUAGCGAAAUUUGUUCUGUUAUUCCGAACUUUCUAUAAUGUCGGAAAAGGAAAUUAUUUUGUCUUACAAAGAAAUGGCUUCCGACGUAGGCAAUCAUUUACAAAUGAUUAAGGACAAAACGGCUAUUCAGUUUUUAGCUUAUAGCUUAGACCACAAAGACCCAGAAGUAGUUAAGGAAUCUUUAAAGGCCAUAGAAUGUUUAGUUAAAAAUACUCAAACUCAUAGCGCUUUAAGAACCACAUUUGGUGUACUUGAAGCACUAAAAGCCACUAAGGAUAGGAAUGAUCUGGACAAUUCUUUGCUCAAUUUAGCUAAAGAUAUUCACUCAAAACUUGAACACCCUUCUUAUGUUAAGCAGACAGUUAAUAAAUUUGAAGGACAGAUUAAAAAAAAAUCAUCCAAAGUUUAUUCUUUUCAUGUUUUUGGCUUAAAUAAGGAUACAAGAACUGAUUUAGAAUGUGCCCUUGUUAGAAUAAGAGGUGUUAUUUCUGUACUGUUAGACGUUGAACACCAGAGAUGUACUGUACGUGCUGUCGAAAAGGUUACACCUGAAAUCAUAGUCAAUUACAUUUCAGAGAAAACGAAAUUACAAGCUCGCCUGGUUGUAAAGAACAGGUUAAACCAAGAGAUGCUAGUCGCAGUAUCAGAUGAUAUUAAAGCUACCGUAGAUGAAGUAGACCUGCUUCCAGCUUACCUGCCUGAAGAAGAACCACCUGUCAAGGAGAAAGCUAUUAGUAUAUUUGGCUUUGAAAGAAUAAAAGCGAGUGCUGCUGGAAUAAUUAAUACUGCUACCGCCCUAUUUCAGAACUCAUUUUAUUGGUGAUUAGCAUUAUUUGCUUAGACAUGAAUUAUCUGUGAUUAUUUUUACACAGUUUUAUAAUGCAUUUUUAUAACAUGCAGUUGAAACCAAUCUGUGUAUUAAUUGUUAACUUAACCAUUAUAAUAAAAUGUAAUAUUUUAUCAUUGUUUGUUCUAUUUUUGUAAAUACAUUCAGUUAAAAUAAUAUAUACUUUUAUACAUUCCUG